AUGUUCCUUCCCUUACAAAUAAUACCAUAUAGUAUCAUCCUGUACUAUUUUACUACAUUUUUUUCAAACAAUUACAAUUCUUUAAAUAUGCCAAUUCCUACUAAUUCCAAGUCAAACCAAGUCAAAAUUACUGUCAUUGGUGCCGCAGGUGGUAUUGGUCAGUCUUUAUCCCUACUGUUACGUACUUCCCUACAGAACAACAAUGACAACCAAUUGCAUCUAGCUCUUUUUGAUGUUAACAUGAAGGUUCUAAACGGUGUUCACGCAGAUUUGUCUCAUGUAAACACUAAUAUGAAGUUGUCCCUACAUGACAAUUUACGUGAUUCAUUAGUCGAUUCAAACUUGGUCAUUAUCCCAGCUGGUGUACCAAGAAAACCAGGUAUGACAAGAGAUGAUUUAUUCAACAUUAAUGCUGGUAUCAUUAAAGGUAUCGCUCAAGAGUUGAACACUAUCGAUUCUACACCAUUUGUUUUGUUAAUCUCAAACCCUGUAAACUCAUUGUUACCAGUAUUACAAUCUGUCCUAAACGACGUCUAUUUGGGUAGAUGUUUUGGUAUCACAGAAUUAGAUUUAGUUCGUGCUUCCACUUUUGUCAACGGUUUCAUGGAUAACAGUGCAUCAUCUUCAAACGAAAUGCCUUAUGUCCCAGUAAUUGGUGGCCAUUCAGGUGAUACCAUUUUACCUGUUUUAUCAAAUUGUUCCUUUAACAACUCUACUUUUUCUGCAUAUGAUUUGAUCUCUGAUGACGUCGCCAUUAAAAAAUUAGUUCACAGAAUUCAAUACGGUGGUGAUGAAGUUGUACAAGCAAAAGAUGGUAUGGGUUCAGCCACUUUAUCAAUGGCUUAUUCCGCUUUCUUAGUUGCCAAGAAAUUCGUACAAUUAUUAACAAAUCAAGUCUCUUCUAUCGAUGGCAUCUUCUACAUCCCAUUAACCACUAAGGACUGGAACUCUCCAUUGGUCGACAACGCUCAAUCAGUUCUACCUUUAGUACAAAACGUACCUUUCUUCUCUAUCAAAUGUACAGUUAACUCUAAAGGUAUCUCUCAAAUUGACCCAACUUUGGUUCAAAAUUUGAACAACUACGAAAGAGAAUCUCUUUUGCCAACUGCCUUAAACCAAUUACAAGCAAAUAUUGAUACUGGUUUAACCUUUGCAUCAAAAUGA